AUGAAGAUUAAUUCCACGGCUCGAUAUGUGAGCUUGGCGUUACAAGCUCUCAACGAAGAUGUUCUGCCAGAAAUCAGUUCUCCGAAGGCUAUGGAGAGCCUCAGUCUUGUCCACAUGGCUUUGACUGAAGUGCUCAAACGAGAAGGACCCGCUACUGACCAGCUUAUCAAGACAAUCAACACUGGAAGACAACUCUACUCGCAAAUUGCAGAGGCGCUGGGUGACAUUGAACCCCCAGGAGAUCCUGGCCCCAUUGACUCUGCUGCUGGCUUUGAUAACCUUGCCGAGAUCCAUGGCCGAUUGUCGCGGGAUCUAGACCUCUUGCUGGCCCGGCUUUCUCCAAGGACUGAUCCCCAAGUCGAGUCGCUAAUGAGGACGGCCGCAGAGUGGGAGGUGGACUACAUGUUAGCAACACAAAAUUCAGAGGUCGAGCCAGUCAACAAAUUCAAUCGCGGUGAUCAAAAAGUCGAGAGAAAAAAUCAGCCGCAGAAGUUGAGCAAAGAGUAUCUACAGGCUUUUCUUCGCGAUCAGCGUCAAGAGGGUGUGAAAAUUACAGAGUUCGCGGCGGUAGCGGGCGGGUACUCCAACGAAGUCUUUUUCUGCACGGUGCAGCAUGAGAAUGGACUCUCUGAGAAACUUGUCGUACGCAAGAGCAAUCCAACUGUGGUCGCCCCUUUUCUCGAAUUGCCCCUCGAAUUCACUCUCCUGCGUUGCCUCCAGGCAGCAGGAUUUCUAUGUCCGCGCCCUGUCGAUCUGGCAGUAUUACCAGGAGGCCUAGAUGAUACGUUCUACACUAUGGAGCGGCUACCUGGUCGUAUUCUAGGAAGCUAUUUUGAACGCGUAACCCUGCAAACAGAAGUAUUGUUGCGGCUCGCUCGUGUGCUAGCCAAGCUUCAUAACACACCUUUGGAAAGCUAUCGGGACUUUAUCAAAGAUUGCGGAGUGGAGCUUGUCCUGAACGAGACAGUGGAACAGUGUUAUCGUCGCAAACUGAAAGAGUUGCGAGAAUAUACCCGAAAAGUUGAGCAUUUGCCGUCGCCAUAUGUGACCUGGCUCUUCCGAUGGCUUGAGAACAAUAUCCCCGAAUGCACUGACAGCCCUGUUCUCUGCCAUGGGGACUUCAACUUCCACAACGUUCUCAUAGGGGACGAUGGCAACGUUACUGGCGUUCUCGAUUGGGAAUGUGCAGAGUUUGGGGCUCCCGAGUAG